UGGUUGCCGAAUCGCCAGGGCUUUAUAAUUUUUCAUCGCCCAAAUAAAUCUACCCGGCAAUUAAACAAUUCAUAGGUAUGAGUUAUAAAUUAGUUAAACUUGCAUCCGCACCAUUACUGAAUGGCAGUCUCCGAUUAGCAUCACGAGGCUAUGCAACUACCCAUGAUGCAGACAUUGUCGUUAUUGGAUCAGGACCUGGCGGUUAUGUGGCAGCCAUUAAAGCUGCACAAUUGGGCUUCAAGACUGUUUGUGUUGAAAAAGACCCAACCCUUGGAGGAACAUGCUUGAAUGUCGGCUGCAUCCCAUCCAAGGCUUUACUUCACAAUUCACAUCUUCUGCAUAUGGCGCAGCAUGAUUUCAAAAAUCGAGGCAUUGAAGUUUCUUCUGUGUCAUGCAACUUUGAUGCGCUUAUGAAGUACAAAGUAAAUUCAGUCAAAGCCCUCACUGGGGGUAUAGCUAUGCUGUUCCAGAAGAAUAAGGUGAAACUUCUUCGAGGCGUAGGAACGAUUGCAGCUCCCAACAAGGUAGAGGUGAAAGGUGAGCAAGGAGUGGAAACUGUAAAUACGAAGAAUAUACUCAUCGCUACCGGGUCUGAAGUGACGCCGUUCCCGGGUGUUACGAUCGAUCAAGAGGCGAUAGUGGACUCGACUGGCGCACUGUCGCUCAAGAAGAUACCCAAAAAGAUGUUGGUGAUAGGCGCGGGCGUCAUCGGUCUCGAGCUUGGCUCUGUCUACCAGAGGCUCGGCGCUGAAGUCAUUGCCAUUGAGUUCCUUGAAUCCAUUGGAGGUAUCGGUAUCGAUGGCGAAGUAGCAAAGACUCUGCAGAAAAUACUUGCCAAACAAGGAAUGAAAUUCAAACUAGGCACCAAAGUGACCAGUGUCAAGAAAGAAGGAGGCGGCGUCAAAGUUGAAGUGGAGCCAGCUAAGGGCGGCGCAAAGGAAAAUAUUGACGCAGAUGUAGUAUUGAUCUCAAUCGGUCGCCGGCCGUACACCAAGGACUUGGGCCAUCAAAAAGUGGGUCUCGCGUUGGAUGACAAGGGCCGCGUGCCUGUCAACGAUAAGUUUGCCACUUCUAUACCUGGUAUCUACGCAAUCGGUGACGUAAUCCACGGCCCCAUGUUGGCUCACAAAGCUGAGGACGAAGGCAUUGUAUGCGUCGAAGGAAUAAAGGGAAUGCCCACUCACUUCAAUUACGACGCUAUUCCAUCUGUAAUCUACACCACUCCCGAGGUUGGCUGGGUCGGCAAAAGUGAAGAAGAUCUAAAAAAAGAGAACAGACCAUAUAAAGUAGGCAAGUUCCCGUUCAUAGCCAACUCCAGAGCGAAAACGAACGGCGAGCCCGACGGCUUCGUCAAAGUGCUCGCAGACAAAGCCACAGACGUCAUCCUCGGCACACACAUCAUUGGCCCUGGUGGUGGCGAGCUGAUCAACGAAGCUGUACUGGCGCAAGAGUACGGCGCCGCCGCAGAGGACGUAGCGAGGGUGUGCCACGCGCAUCCCACUUGCGCUGAAGCUCUUCGCGAAGCAAACCUUAUGGCGUACUUUGGCAAAGCUAUCAACUUCUAAUUUGACCUAAACAAAUAUGACGGUGUCCCAUAGGGGCACUUAGGCUAGGCUUGUCACGGAAUGUAAGGAAUCUUGUAUGAAUCUGAAUGAGGAGAUAUUUGGGUAAUUUAUAAGUAAUUUAAUGUCACCUCACGCGGUACUUCUCCGACCCAUCCAUAGUCCUAGUCUAUUCAAUCAAUCCAUAAGCGUAUCAUCCAAGUAAGACUUGACGAAUGUAAAAUGUAAUUAACCGGUUUUAUAGUUUUUUGAAUGUGAUAUCUAUAAUAUUUAUUUGUAGCACAUUUAUUUCUGAAUGUUUUGCGAUUGUGCAUUCCGAUUGUGAGAUCCCCAGCUCGUCUUGCAUUUACUGCAAGUGAAUUUAAUACUAUCGGUAUUUAUUUUCUUUUGUAAAUAGUUUACAGAAAUACAGUUACGGACGUAUUAUCUAAAAUUUUUGUUUUAUUUAUACAUACACAAGGAUUCCAAUGCAAUAUAUUACUACAUAAAGCGAUUUCCUU